ACCCCUGCGACUAGUUUGGAAGUCGCAGAACGGAAGUUUACCUAUUACCCUAUCCUUCACUUGAUUAGUAAAUAUGGCGGCGCCCGCACGGAAUCACGUGUGGGUCGGUACCGAGACCGGGAUUCUAAAAGGCAUAAAUCUAGUAAAGAAACAGGCCACUAACUACACAGAAGUUUCCUCUCUGAGCCAUGGACAGGAGGUGAAUGUAAUGUGCUUUGGAGAUGCGCAGGAAUCUGAGGUACUGAUAGGGUGCCAAGAUGGGACAGUAAAAGUCUUCAACACUGAAAAAUCCAAAUUUACUGAAGUUCAUGAAUGCAGAGGAGGCGAUGGGGUGUUCCGAGGUCUUGGGGUCCUGGACAAUGCACUUCUUACCUGUGUGGAGUCAGGAUUACUGAAGGUGUGGAAGGAAGGAGCAUGUGAUAAUUUGGAGCUGCAAGUUGGCCCUGGUAUUGAGAAGAUGCGUCCGUGUAAUGCUCAGCGUCACAAAGUUGGGACUGGAGGCAAAGAAAAUGACUUAAAAAUCUGGGAUCUGCAAAAACCAGAAGAACCAAUUUUCAGAGCCAAGAAUUUGAGGAAUGAUUGGCUAGAUCUUCGUGUGCCUGUGUGGAUUCGUGACCUGGAUUUCAUCCCAGAGUCAGAUAAAGUAGUCACCUGUACAAGCUAUUAUCAAGUUAGGAUCUAUGACCCCAGCUGCCCACAAAGACGGCCGGUUUUGGAGGUACUUUUUGGCGAGGAUCCAUUAACUGCUCUGAGCAUCACUCCGGAUGGCAGGUCUGUAGUGGUUGGAAAUUCUCAUGGCAACAUGGGUGUGAUCGAUUUGAGGAAAGGUCGUCUCCGGUGCGCCCUGAAAGGAAGUGCCGGCUCUGUACGCUCCAUCCAAUGUCACCAGUCUAUGCCUGUUGUGGCCUCCUGUGGCCUGGACAGGUUCAUGCGACUCCAUAACUUAAAUGACAAGGAACUGCUGCACAAGGUGUAUCUGAAGUCACGGUUAAACUGUCUCUUGUUGACAUCGCGUGACAAGUGGGAGGAAGAAGAGAUCGUACUCCCAGCACAGGAUGUGAAAGACGAAGAGGAAGAUGAGGUCUGGAACACUAUGGAAACUGUGGCCGACAAAACCAUCGCCAAGAAACGAGGAACAAAGGAAGCUAGUGUAGCGGAUGGAACAACCGAAAAUACGUCUAAAAAGAAGAAGAAAAAGAAACUCUGAAUUAUGCAAAACUUUACUUUAUCUUUUUAUAAGUUGCUGAUGGAAGGUGCCCAGUGCAACACAAGAUAUUGCACGUUGUGAAGAUCAGAGAAACGUGGCCAGCUUUUAUACAAUUUAAACUCUCUGCUUAGAUUCAUCAACCUCAUUGAGAGAACAAGGGUGCAAGGUCUGCAUGAGCCUUACAGCAACCACGUUACACAAACUAGUACCUUGUGGAUAUACAUUUUUUAAAUUAAGUGCAUUUUCCACACACACACUAAACUUGGUGGUACUCCUUGUAAAGUUCAUGAAAUUGUUUAGGAAUUAUCUCUAAGAGCGUAAAAGGGUUGGCUGGUCUUGUUUACAGUAAAGUAAACAUUAUUUAAGACACUGAUUUAAUAUCAAUAUAAUUACAAUACUGUCUGCACAUAUCUUUAACAUUUGUGUCUUCCCAUACAUACAAGAGAUGGAUCAUACCAACGUAAGAUAAAUAUCAAAGCACAUCUAAAGAGGUGUUUACAGUUUAGCCCACAGGAUUUAAAACAUCAACAAUAUUAAAGGGUUAUUGAAGCUAGA